AUGCAUCUCUUUGGUGAGAGCGAGGUGCAAAAUUACGAUAUCCUGGCUAUCCAGGAACCCUACAUCAACAAACAUACCGACCCACUAACAACAUACUCACUAGCGCUCAAGGGCAGCUUCCAUAUCCUACUGCAGCCCACACCCAAGGAAGAAUACAAGAAACGCCCACGAGUCUGUUUCUACGUCAAUAGAGGGCUAGAUCCAGCCACAUGGGAGGUCCAAUACCAUAAUAGAGAUCUGAGCACAUUGACACUUCAUACAGCCGCCCAUGGAACCAUCCAUAUUCACAAUGUAUACAAUCCAGGAGUCAAUAGUAACGAGGAAUCUGUAAUUAGCGCCCUGCAAACCGCCAUGGCACCUAGGGCGCAGCAUAUUGUAUUGGGGGACUUCAACCGACAUCACCCGCUGUGGGCGGGCCCGCGGUACCGACACGUUGACGAGGAGGCCACUGAAUUGAUUAAUCUUAUGGAUGAGCAUGGGCUCGAGCAGCUCUUGCCACCAGGCACGAUCACGUACGAGAGGGUUAACGCCAAAUCUACAAUUGAUCUGGUGUGGGCAUCGCACAAUCUAGCCAACCGGGUAGUGAGCUGCGACACCAAGCCAGAGUGGUGGUACGGAGCAGAUCAUGUCCCAAUCUCCACUCAAUUUGACCUUACAGCUAUACGUGUUCCUCCAUUGGUUCGCAAGCAGUGGAAUGCAACAGAUUGGGACCUCUUCCUUAAACUGAUGGACAUAUACAAUUGGCACCCAAGGGAGCUCAAUGACAAUGAGGCGAUCAAUGAGGCGAUCCGCUAUCUAGUUGAGGCAAUCAAUCAGGCAGCUGAGCAAGCGACACCUACAAAACAGAUCAGCAUCUACUCACGAGCGGGCUACACCCCAGAGAUGGCGAAGCUUAAACACCACGUAUCUAGGUGUAGACGACACGCACGUCGUAUAAAUACAGAUCAGGCAUGGGAGGACUACGCAGAGGCUAGGAAAGAGAUGAAACGGCGCACCAAUGAGCUCGCACGAGAUCUACAUCGCCAACGAAUUGAGCAGGCAACAGAGUCAAUAGAUGGAUUCUGGAGAAUUGCCCGUUGGGUCCGCAAUAGGGGCAAACCACGUGCCACGUUUACCCCAACGUUACACUACAAUAACACGAGUUACACAGCCCCAAAGGAGAAAGCAGCCCUAUUCCGAGAGGUCCUCCACCCAGAGCCCCCGGAGGCAGAUCUGUCAGAUAUUGGGCCACAAUAUAGAUAUCCCAAACCGUAUACGAUGCCACCAAUCACGUUAGACGAAGUCCGAACGGCAGUAACCAACGUGAAGCCCGACAAAGCACCAGGGCCAGAUGGAAUCCCCAAUCUGGUCCUACAAAGGCUGCUCCCUACUAUCGAGGCCUAUCUCGUUAAUCUCUUUAAUGCAUGUCUACGUCAACAAUACUGCCCUGACCAUUUCCGAAAGUCGACAACAGUCAUCCUUCGCAAGCCUGGAAAGCCUGAUUACUCUGAUCCAAAGGCGUACCGCCCAAUAGCGUUACUGAGCACGAUUGGCAAAGCACUAGAAUCAGUGUUAGCCAGACGUCUCAGCUAUCUAGUGGAGCAAUAUAAUCUUUUACCAAAGCAACAUAUUGGAGGACGUCGCGGCCGCUCAUGCGAACUAGCAAUCCAUCUCUUACUAGAAGAGACCCAUAGUGCGUGGAGAGAGGGCUCACGAGUAGCCUCAGGGCUUGCACUUGACGCGGCAGGGGCUUUUGACAACGUCAAUCAUAUAAGGCUGAUACACGACCUACGAAAGCGCCAGGUGCCAGAUGACCUGAUUGGCUGGAUUGAGAGCUUUCUAAGCAAUCGCCGCACGUCAAUCACACUCCUAGAGGGCAAUAUGGGGGAAUUUCUAGUCAAUACAGGCAUUCCGCAGGGCUCCCCAUUGUCACCAAUCCUAUUCCUAUUCUUUAAUGCAGAUCUUAUUGAGCAGAUACUCGCCGAGUGCCCGGACGUGAUUGUACUUGGAUAUAUUGACGACAUCUUCAUUAUGACAUACGGGACCUCCGCCGCAGCCAACUGCCACACACUCACCAAAGUACACCAGGUUGCAGAGCGCUGGGAGAGGACACAUGCCUCUAAAUUUGCGCCUGCCAAAUAUCAACUUACCCACUUUUGGCGGAAGCACCAAAUGGUGCCUAAGCCGAGUGGUAGGCUGGAUGUACCUCUCAUAAUCAAGGGAGUAGAAAUUAAGCCUACGGACUCAAUCAAAUAUCUAGGAGUUUAUCUGGAUACCCACCUCACUGGGGAAGUGCACGUACAGGAGAUGAGAAAGAAGGCUGCAAAACUGGUGGCGGGAUUAAGCUCAAUCGCAGGAUCGACAUGGGGAACGCCCCUGGUUCAUCUAAGGAAGAUAUACACGGCUGUCCUCCAACCACAGAUCAUGUACGCGUGCUCCACGUGGUAUAUACGAGGUGGAAGAGGGUUCACCGGUGCGCAGCGAGCUGCAGAGCAAGCCAUCCGAUCGAUCCAGGAUCAGGCUCUUCACCAGAUAUCCGGCGCGUUCAAACGUACGUCACGACAGGCCCUAGAGGUCUGUCUCCAUGUACCACCUGCAGAGCUCACGCUCGCAAAGCUGGCUGAGGAGGCCUGCCUGCGGAUCAUGACCUCACCACUUCGAUCUACGCUUUACCAAAUACGUGGCCAAGCCCACUGUAACGACCCAUACACGUCGCCACUUCAUCGAUUGGAAACAGCCAUCGACCGCAAACUGGGGAGUGAUACUAGCCAACGCAUCGAGACAAUCUACCCCUUUGUAGUGCCACCGUGGUGGGAGCCACCAGAAGCAAGGAUUGACGAUACCCGUGAGGAGGCUAUCAAGGCUAUUGAAGCAAUCUCAGGAACAGAUACAACAAUACAGUUCUUUACCGAUGGGAGCGGCUUUGACAAUGGGAUUGGGGCAGCGGUCUACUCAUCAAUAGGACAGGCUUAUAAGCCAGGGAACUGGAGGGAAUCGAUGCGGCAUUGGAAAUCCUACUCCGAAGCCAGCCAUGCGACGACAACCCACACGAAGCCACAAUCUACACAGAUAAUCAAGCCGCAAUACGCGCCACGUGCUAGCCAGGGCGGUCCUCUGGGCAGUAUAUCCUUCGACGGAUCGUACGACACCUGGGCCUCCUACGCGACAACCGAUCUCGAUGGCGUGUGUACGACUACAGUGGGUGCCAGGCCACGAAGGGGUCCCAGGCAACGAGAAAGCAGACCAGCUGGCAAAGUUGGCUGCAGUCGAGGCGACACGGCGUACACAGGAGAACGCCCGCAUAGCCAGGAUCAGCGCACCCAAUCAGACUACACCACACGCCGCACGAAUGUCGUAUAUUCCAAAUCAGUCAACUAUCCUUAUGGCAGUGUGUCGCCAGAGGCUACAUGCAGGCUUUGCAAAGAGGUGGAAGGAACAGUGGGAGCAUGCCAACCAUGGACGGCAUCUCUAUCGGAUAAUCAAAGCACCAACGAAGAUGGUGUUGCAGCUGCACGAGGGAUUACGACGGGCUUGGAGUUCAGUGUUAAUCCAACUACAAACAGGUAA